AUGAACAAGAAACUGUGCAUUCUUCUCGUAAUUGUCGUUCUCUGCUCGGUCACCUUGGCCGCUAAGAGCAAGGAAAAAUCUAAGGAGAAAUCCCAAGAAGACUCUGGUUCGCAGGAGAAAUCCAAGGAAAACUCAUCAAAAGAGGAGCCCAGCACAGAAUCACCGGCUACGACGACGGUAGCUACCAGUGACAGAUGUGCCGGACAGCCUGAUGGUACCAUACUGCCAUCCCUAACUACAUGUGCCAAUUUCGUCACCUGCCAAGGCGAAUCUGAGGCUGCUGAGGCUACAUGCGUGCCAAAUGGCACUAUCUUCGAUUCGUCAAGAGGAGUGUGCGAUCACGAAACAAAUGUACUUUGCACGAUAGAAGGUGAACCGACCGAAACAGCAACAAUCACUCCGGAUUCGACGACCGCUCCGGAACCAACGCAAACCGAGCUGAAGGGUAUGUGCAAAGGAGUUAUCAUUGAUAUGAUUCCUCAUCCUGGUAAUUGCAACAAGUACAUCAUUUGUGUUCUGGGCAAGCCUAGUAUCCAAUCUUGCGGUAAAAAUCUCAUCUUUUACUCCGAUAUUAAGCUCUGUGCUUUUGGUGAUGCCAAAAAUUGCUAA